UCUAUCACGGCAGUUCAGCAAUAACUACCUACACGCGUCGUCUCACCAAUAGUAACACGACACGCUACCUAUUAAAAAAGACCGGAAUCUAUUACACUUUUCUAUCACGGCCAUUUCCCUGCACGCCACGCGUCAUACUUGAACACAUGUUUAAAUCCACGCGCGGAGGUCCCCUGAAACUCCGGCGACGUCGCAAUGAGUCGGGACGAGCGCCUUAAAUCAAAUUACCCGCCGAGUCAAGGGUCCCAGUCAUCUGAGUCCGGCAUACUCAAUGAUAGCAUUCUCGUGCUCCUCUUCAAGACCAUCAAAUGGGACGUUCAAACUCUCUGCCUGACCUCUUUGGUCAAUCGGAAGCUCCGAGCCAUAGCGGAGCGUGUGCUCUGGCGCGAGCUCUGCGUGUACCGGGCGCCCCGCAUGGUGGCCUCAUUGGCCCAUGAUACGGCGCACGGUCGGUUCUGCGGCGGGUGGCACGCGCUCGCGAAGAUAAUGUUCUUCUGCUGUGGUUGCGAGUCAACGCGGCAUUUCAAGGUGAAUCAGCCCUCGCCGGGUCACUUCGUGAAGGCCGCUCGGUUUUCUAAAACCUCGGGCCGGAGCUUCUUGAGCAAGAAGUGUCGGGGAGAUUUGUUGUACGUGAGUGACCCGUGCGAGCAUCCCACUACGGGCGACAAGGAAGAUGAUUACCUGGGGAUUUACAGAGGCGUAUUCAAGGGAUUCACCAGGUCGACGACGAGGGCGAGCUUGAUCGGAAGGCAGGCGGCGCUGGAGGACAGAGUGAGGUGUCCUUAUUGCAGGGCUCGCGUGUGGAGCAUGACGACGGCUCGGUUGGUGCCCAAGAGCGCAGCAAGGCGGCUAGGCUCGCACGAUGGGGGCUUGGAGUAUUUCGUGUGUGUGAAUGGGCACUUGCAUGGAACAUGUUGGCUGGUGCCGUUAUCGUCCGACGAGGAUGAAACCAACGGCGACGAUGAAGACAAUGGUAGUGACGGUGGGAAUAUCGAUACUCAGACUGGGAUGGAAGGCCAUCAGUAACAGAUCAUCAAGUAAUGAGUUAACAGGGUGAAAAAUGGAGAUGAAUAAAUUCCUUGGUGGAUCAGGCUGGAUAUAUAAUUAAGAAUUAUAAUGUGCCUCCUCAUUUUAUCUUUUAUUUUUACUUAAUAUUUUUUAUUUAUUAAUUAAA